UAUCUCUAUGAACAACAAAUUCUAUUUCUAAAAUGGCGGCUGAUGUAUGUAAACAAAACGUUGUAUGUGAACAGACAUUAAUAUUCUUUAGGUAGUUAGCUUUCAAAAGGCAUGUGUUUUGUGUAAAACAACUGUGGAAAUGGUCGUGUCCUUAAAAGCCCAAUUUCUCGCACAACAGAUAUUUCGGCAAAAUACCUGGUCAUAUGACAGAAGAAAUACUUCUCCAUUCAAGGUGGAAGCUUGUAUAAUAGCUAACACUAAAAUAGAUCAAGGUGCACUAAAAAGAAAUAUUUAUAGUGCAAAUCUUUUGGAAAGAAAAAAGUUAAUUUCAGGUGGUAAAUAUCAACAACGUACAACGAAAAAGAAUGACAUUGAUAAAGAAAAUACACCAAGCAAUAUAUUUGUGGUUGAAAAAAAAGCGUCGCAAGAGUUGAAAAAACUGGAGACAAAUGAUGGCAUUUCUGAUACUACUAACGACGCAAAGAAAAAUAAACUUCGCAAAGCUACUGGUUGUUCUUCGGAAAGACCAAUUAAGCUGCCUAUUGUUAACAGCUCAAAUCAUAACAUUACACGAUUAUGUACAACAUCUUCUUUUAACAAAGCCAAAAACAUACAGAACAAGUCAACAGAGGUUUCACCUAAUAAAUUAGACGUGGUAGUGAAAGCACCGUGUACAAAAACGCAGUGGAAAAACACGCUAUUUUAUGCUCACACUAAAUCCUUUUCGGGACGAAAAGAAACGUUUUUGCCGAAGAAACAUAACAGAAAAUUAAAAAACUUAAUAUCAGUUUCUCCAAUUAAAAAGAGCAAGAAAAAGUUUUACUCUGAGAAGCAGUCGGGUAACAUAAAUGGCAUUCCAUGUGUCCCACCAUGUAGUCCUGAUACCUAUAAUUUCGAAUUUGUGGCAUGUUUAGCAGACGUCAAGAGUCAAAGAAGUUUUAAAAAGAGACUACAAAAGUUAGGAAAUAGACAGUCUGAGAAAGAAAGAAUACUGCUGAAGAAGACUUUACAGAUUGAUAGAGAGCGCAAAUUAAAAGAGAGAGAAGAUCUCGUUAAAAAACAAAGACAGCUGAUAUACGCGUUAAACAAAGUUAUGACGGAUCUGGAAAAUAAGAACUUUGUGAAAUUUAAAGAAAAGCAAACUGGUGCGCCAGUUUAACAAUAUGUCGGAUCGGUCGUUUCGCUUAAUUUUGCAAAGGAAGAAUUUGUACUAUUCAAUCAAAAGCCUAAAACAUUAAACAAGCUUUGUAAUGACAGACGAAUACUUAACCGCAAGUUAAGUGCAUCAAAACCCUGAAAAUAAACGAUACACCCUACUUCCCCUGAAAUUGCCUACAUAUAAAACAUCUUCCCCUUGUAUUGGUUACAAGUACCUUUCAAACUCCAUAAACAAUGACAUAACUUUUUAUUGACUAAAUUUUACCAAUGUAGUCGCAUUUUAUCUAGUUAAAAAUAUCUUUAUAUGGAUUUCUCAAUGAGUGUUUUCAUUUGAAGUUUUUAUUUCGUUUCGUUACACUUGUGAAGUUUUUCAAAUAUAAAAUGCAAGCAAAAAAAUUUAAUAAAUCCUUCUUUUUUAUAUAACAGUUAUAACACUCAGUAUGUAAACCAAAACCAUCCCACCUUUUUUGAUUUUUGAUUUUCAAUAAAUUUUAAUCCGUGGCGCAUUAAAAAAGGAAAAAGAAAAAUC